ACUAGAUUGUGAGAAACUGGCGGGAGCAGGAAAUGUUUAAGGGACUUUAUUUCGUCAAGUUGGUAUAGCCGUUUGAGCCGGGACGACAUUUAUCAGCUUCCGGCGACGGUUCUCUCUUUCAGCAGUGCAAGAUGGCUGAUCAGACGGAAAGGGCGUUUCAGAAGCAACCCACUGUCUUCCUUAACAGGAAGUUGAACCAAAAAAAGAAGCCACUUCGCCAUAGUCGUAAUGUUGGUCUUGGUUUUAAGACCCCUCGUGAGGCUAUUGAGGGAACCUACAUCGACAAGAAAUGUCCAUUUACUGGAAAUGUAUCAAUCAGAGGCCGCAUCCUUACGGGUGUUGUGCAGAAAAUGAAGAUGCAGCGUACAAUUGUAAUUCGCAGGGAUUACCUUCAUUACAUACGGAAAUACAACCGUUUUGAAAAACGUCACCGUAACAUGAGUGUUCACCUGAGUCCAUGCUUCAGAGAUGUUGAGAUCGGAGACGUAGUGACCAUCGGUGAGUGUCGACCACUCAGCAAGACUGUCAGGUUCAACGUUCUUAAAGUCUCUAAGGGUACCGGAUCGAAAAAAAGCUUCAAGAAGUUUUAGGCGCUGUCAAUUUUCAAUAUCUGGGUGGGAGCAGCUAUUGAAGGACGACGAAAGUGAUGACACCAAUCAAUAAUUGUUACCAUUCGGAGAAUGCAAUUAAACUGAUGUAAAACCA